UCAUCUGGGAAGCAGAACUCCCUCACGUCCUUUGUGUUUAAUGUUCCGCUAUGUAUUUAAAGAGAGACGCAGGCUUAGGGGGCUGGAUAACUGUACCUGCUGUAGCUGAUGUUCUGAAGUAUUCUUGCAUUGUUUGCUGGUCUUCUAGGGAAAAGAAUAAUGUAGAGCAAGACCUGAAGGAGAAAGAAGAUACCAUCAAGCAGAGGACAAGUGAGGUCCAGGAUCUACAGGACGAAGUAAAGCAGGAGAGCAGUAACCUGCAAAAGCUGCAAGCUCAGAAGCAGGAGGCACAGGAAAUCCUUAAUGACCUGGAUGAGCAGAAGGCCAAGUUGGAAGAGCAGCUGAAUGAUAUCAGGCAGAAAUGUGCAGAGGAGGCCCGUUUGAUUGCUAUGCUGAAGGCUGAAAUAACAAGCCAGGAAUCAAAGAUUUCAGCAUAUGAAGAUGAACUGACCAAAGCUCAAGAGGAGCUGAGUCGCCUGCAGCAAGAAACUGCAGAGCUGGAGCAUUGCAUAGAGUCUGGGAAAGCACAGCUGGGACCUCUUCAGCAACAUCUGCAGGAUUCACAACAGGAAAUCAAUUCAGUGCAGACAAAACUUCUUGAGCUGAAAGAAGUGGAAAAUAACCAAUUUGGUUGGCACUCUAAGCCACACAAUGCUCUGGUUAACGGAGCUGUGGAUCAGCCCAGCCUGAGCAACAGCAGCAGCGAAACCACCAACCUCAACGAGAAUGCUGAAGGGGAAAGCAUAGCAGGAGAUGACCAAAUGAACUGUGUGUCUUCAGUACGGAAUAGUCCUGAAACAACAACCUCUGUUGUGGAAGAAGAAAAAGAGACCCCAGCUGCAACUGGUACCAAAAAAGAAGAUCCAUUUGAUGCUGAAUCUCAUCCAUUGCCCGAUCUGGUUUCUGAAAGCAGUUUAGAGUUCUUUCAGUCUGACCCUUUUGUUGGCAGUGAUCCCUUCAAAGAUGACCCUUUUGGGAAAAUUGAUCCCUUUGGUGGUGAUCCCUUCAAAGGUUCAGAUCCUUUUGCAGCUGACUGUUUUUUCAAACAAUCUCCCACUGAUCCUUUUGUGACUGCUGGCACUGAUCCAUUUAGCACUGCAGACAACAGUAAUAAUACCACAACAGAGAUCUCGAAGAAGAACGACCCUUUUGCUCCGGGUGGAACAGCUGUUGCUGCAUCAAAUGAUUUAGCUACAGAUACCUUUGCCUCUCUGUUUGGAAGUGAAUCCUUUGGAAGUGACUUUGCUGACUUCAGGUCCCUGUCAAAGGCCAACAAUGAGGAUCCCUUCAGCAAAUCCACAUCAGGUUCUGUCAGCAACAUGAUCAUAACUAAAAACGUGUUUGAGGAGCCACCAGCUAAAAACGAGGAUGUUCCUCCUGCAUUGCCCCCCAAAACAGGAACUCCCACAAGGCCCUGUCCACCACCCCCUGGGAAAAGACCUAUCAAUCAAAUAGACUCUUCAGAUUCCUUUAAACCGAGCGAUCCAUUUCAGCCUUUCCCCACCCCAGACAUUCCCAAAGAACAAGAAGCAGAUCUAUUCUGUGAUCCAUUUGCUCCCACCAGCAUCAGUAAAGAGGCUGACCCCAACAAUUUUGCAAACUUCAGUACUUAUUCCACUGAGGAAGACAUGAUUGAAUGGGCUAAGAGGGAAAGCGAGAGAGAAGAGAAGGAAAGAUUGGCAAGAUUAAAACAGCAAGAGCAAGAAGACCUGGAACUGGCUAUUGCACUGAGUAAAUCUGAAAUAUCAGAAGCAUGAAGUUUAGAGUAAGAUUUUUGUCUGAAAUCAACAGUUUUGUCCCUUUUUCUGACUACCUAACCCAUUCAAAUGUUAAUCAGAAAAAUACAUGUAUACAAGAAACUGUGGAAUGACUGAGGUUUCUGGAAGUGGUGUGAAUGUUUCUGCUAAAUUUAAUCCUUUUGGUUAUUAAGCUGAGCAUACGACUGCUCUCAAGUUUUCAGGAGAACAAAGUACUUUUCCCAGCUGUAAACAAAUCAGUUUAAAACACAGUUAGUGAGAUUGUAGUUUGACUGUAAUCUGCCAGCCGUUGGUAAUUGAGCAUAAAGUGAACACAGCAAUUACUCUGCCGUGGCUGGCUGUCUCCCAUCAAGCAGUUAGUCAUUUGAUACCUUUACCUCUCUGAAGAGACUUUAGUAAUGCCAGAGCUGUGGAGUGCUUUGUUUUAUAUAUAUGCAAUAUAAAUUCUUUUGGUUUUUUCCUCCUCAUGGAAGGUCCUGCAUUUGGAUUUGAAACAACAAUCAUCACGUUGUCUACAUCAGAAAGAGUGAGUCUUUCUGAAACCUUUUAAUGCUUUUCUUGCAUGGGCAUAGGUUUGAAGACAGACUUGGUGUUUUGUUUUGUAAAGCAAGUAAGCUGAAGAUUCCUGUGCUUGCUGUUGGCCAGGAUGACUGUCAAGGAGACCCCACUGCUAUGUGAGCCGCUUUUGCCUGUGAAAUAUGCAGCUCAACUGGUGAGUUCCUAAGAUCAGUUUGAAAUAGGAUUGAGAAUAGAAAGGGGAAACAGGUAGUCUGCUUUUUCUUUUUUUUUAAACCACAGUUGUCUUCUGUAUAUGUAAUUUAUUGUAUGCCAACUGAGAGUUGCACCUUAAACCAAAUGAUUUCUUUAUGGUCACUGAGUUCAGAGUAGGAUUGAUAGAAUGUUAAUGAAAAUUAAGUUAUUGUUCAUUUGUGAAAGAACUCUCUUCUGGAAAAGCAGUUUCAUUAAAAAAUUUUUAAAAAGAACAGUUUUGCCCUGCCUAAGAAAAAUGGAUGGCAACAGCAUAAGCAUCAAGAAAAAACAAUGUUUGUUUUCCUUGCACUUUUAACCUGUGGUAUUUCUGUUGAGGAAAUGGAAGCAUUUCAACACACAGCACUGAGGUGGAGAAGAGGAGGUCUCAGCCAUGCUUCAGUAUAUUUAAGCUCUUCCCAUUACCUCUCAGUGUUGCUGUUGUGUGAAUUUUUUGAGGGUAGCUUUCAGGUUUUGUCAGGAAAAAUGGAUAACCUGACUGGGAUGGUUUGUUGUGGGCUUUUUUUUUCUUUUGCACUGGGAAAUGAGCAUUCAAACACCUGCUCAAAACAAACAAAAAGGUAACUUAAAAUUUUGCAAGUAUUAAAUAGUUACAACUUACCUAUACCUCUUUGUAAGGAGUGUACACUAAUCUUGGCAAUCAUAUACUGAACUGGAUUACCUGGUUUCUCACCUUGUGUUCAAAAUGUAUCCUCAGUGGACCAACACGCUACCCUGUGUAUAUAUUAUAUAUAUGUGCCUGCUUUCCUUUCUGGGAUCUCCACUUCUGAGUCACUGGAUGUUACAUUUCAUGUUACUGACUCUGACUAUAGUACUUUUACUCAGACUACCAACAAACCACUGCUGUGAGCUAAAUGGCAUUACUUUUAUGAAGUUUUAACUAUUUGUUGUUUGGGGCUUUUGUUUGUUUGUUUUUAAAACAACUUGUUCAGGGUGGGAUUUAGCCUCUAUUUAUAGACAUCCCUUUUGUUUAAAAAUUCUAACAAU